AUGCCGGGAGUUGCAAUGGAUUUAUCCCGGGAUGUUGCUUACUAUUUAAAUCUGGGGGUACUGGAGACUACCCACGAAGAAAUGGACGGUGUCACUUUUCAAGCCUGGUUCAAGGACACGCUGCUUCCACAACUCAGUACUCCAUCUACAAUUGUAAUGGACAAUGCGUCCUACCACUCGCAACUAUUGGAUAAAGUUCCGAAUAAAUCAUCAAAAAAGGCUGAGAUGCAGGAAUGGCUUCAGCGACAUCACAUUACGUUCGAAGAAGAGAUGACAAAGGCGGAGCUUUUAGAGCUAAUAAUUCAAAAUAAACCCCCAAAUCCCACUUAUAUAAUUGAUGAUUUAGCUCGAAAAGCUGGCCACAAGGUUGUUCGACUGCCACCCUACCACUGUCAUUUCAAUAGCAUUGAAUUAAUCUGGGCUCAGGUUAAGGGGUACGUCGCGAGGAACAAUAAAUUGUUCACCAUUACAGAAACAAAAAGGUUAACUAUGGAGGCAAUCGAAAAUGUUACCUCUGCUGAAUGGAAGAAAGUCGUGGAGCACACUAAGAAAAGUCAUUGA